UCCGUCACUCGAACGCGCGGCGCGGCGGGAAGAUGGCGGAGUCCGGCGGCGGCGGCGGCGGCGGCGCGGGCGCCGGCGGCUUCGGCGCGAGCCCGGGUUCCGAGCGCCCGAGCAGCCUGGCCGACAAGAAUGGGGCCAAGUGCACCUUCUCAGCACCUGGCCACAGUGCCAGCCUUCUGCAGGGCCUGGCUGCCCUUCGGGCGCAGGGCCGCCUCCUGGACGUCACCCUGACCGUGGGCUCGGAAAUCUUCCGUGCACACCGCGUGGUACUGGCCGCCUGCAGCGACUACUUCAGGGCCAUGUUCACUGGCGGCAUGCGGGAGGCGCAGCAGGAGGUGAUCGAGCUCAAGGGCGUGUCCGCGAGAGGCCUGCGGCACGUUAUGGACUUUGCCUACAGCGCCGAGGUGACGCUGGACCUGGACUGUGUGGAGGACGUGCUGGGCGCCGCUGUGUUCCUGCAGACGCCUCCCGUGGUGGCACUGUGUGAGGACUUCCUCAAGGCCGCCAUGAGCGUGGACACAUGCCUGCACAUCGGCCACAUGGCCGCCACCUUCAGCCUGGCCUCGCUCAAGGAGUCAGUGGACGCCUUCACCUUCCGCCACUUCCUGCAGAUUGCGGCCGAGGACGACUUCCUGCAGCUGCCGCUCGAGCGCCUGGUCUUCUACCUGCAGAGCAACCGGCUGCAGAGCUGUGCCGAGAUCGACCUGUUCCAUGCCGCUGUACGCUGGCUGCAGCACGACCCAGCGCGGCGACUGCGUGCCAGCCACGUGCUCUGCCACGUGCGCUUCCCACUUAUGCGCUCAAGCGAGCUGGUGGACAGUGUGCAGACGCUUGACCUCAUGGUGGAGGACGUGCGCUGCCGCCAGUUCCUGCUGGAGGCCUUCAACUACCAGGUGCUGCCCUUCCGUCAGCAUGACAUGCAGUCACCACGCACAGUCGUGCGCUCUGACGUGCCGGCGCUGGUGGCCUUCGGAGGCACCCCAUACACGGACAGCGACCGCGCCGUGAGCAACAAGGUGUUUCAGCUGCCCGAGCCCGGGGCGCGUCAUUUCCGCGAGCUCACCGAGAUGGAGGUGGGAUGCAGCCAUACCUGUGUGGCCGUGCUUGACAACUUCGUGUAUGUGGCCGGCGGCCAGCACCUGCAGCACCGCAGUGGUGAGGGCGCGGUGGAUGUGUGCUACCGCUAUGACCCGCACCUGAACCGCUGGCUACGACUGCAGGCCAUGCAGGAGAGCCGCAUCCAGUUCCAGCUGAAUGCGCUGGGUGGCCUGGUCUACGCCACGGGUGGCCGCAACCGUGCCGGCAGCCUGGCCUCAGUGGAAUGCUACUGCCCCAGCCGCAACGAAUGGGGCUACGCCUGCUCGCUGCGGCGCCGCACCUGGGGCCACGCUGGCGCUGCUGCGGGGGGCCGCCUCUACAUCUCAGGGGGCUAUGGCAUCUCAGUGGAGGACAAGAAGGCUUUGCACUGCUACGACCCCGCGGCUGACCAGUGGGAGUUCAAGGCACCCAUGAGUGAGCCACGCGUGCUGCACGCCAUGGUGGGUGCUGGCGGCCGCCUCUACGCACUGGGUGGUCGCAUGGAUCACGUGGACCGCUGCUUCGAUGUGCUGGCCGUGGAGUACUAUGUGCCAGAGACUGACCAGUGGACCAGUGUGAGCCCCAUGCGUGCCGGCCAGUCGGAGGCUGGCUGCUGUCUGCUCGGCCCCAAGAUCUAUAUUGUGGGGGGCUACAACUGGCGCCUCAACAAUGUCACGGGUCUCGUGCAGGUGUACAACACCGAGACUGACGAGUGGGAGCGCGAUUUGCACUUCCCCGAGUCCUUUGCGGGCAUUGCUUGUGCACCUGUGCUCCUUCCGCGCGUGGUGGAGCCUGCAUCUGGCCCUGUGCCUGGCCCCGGCCCCGCCCCUGCGCACAGGUAGCCCCACACUUCUCCCACCCAGGACCCAUCCACCCAGCCUGCAGAGCUCUGCCUAC